CUGCAGUAAAAUGGCUGACAUGUGCAGAAUUCGCCAAUUAUAGUGGAAAAUGUGCAGAAUACGCCAAUUCAAUUGGCUUUUAUGCAGUAAAUGGCAGAAAUAUGCAGGAACUGUACCAUUUACCCAUGUCUCUUACAGUUCUGAGAUUCCUUACACAAUUCUUACACAAAGCCUAUAGACCCAUAAAUUUCGCCAUUCUCAAUGGCAAAAGCAUUAUUUGUGAAAUAUUUUGGAAUGCAACAUUACUUUUGAUUAAGUUUUCAAUAUCAGCAGUAGUUCGGCAAAAAACUCCUUUGAACUUUGUAGAACAUGGAGACUCUUGGAAGCGUUAGCACUCUCCGGAGCCGGAGAAUAAUAUUGUUUCCGCUACCUUUUCAGGGUCAUAUCAAUCCCAUGCUUCAGCUAGCAAACAUUCUUCACACCCGCGGUUUCAAAAUUACCAUUAUACACGCUGAAUACAACUCUCCUAAUCCUUCCAACUAUCCUCACUUCGCCUUUAAGCCCAUCAAGGACCGCUUUUCUGAGAUCGCUGACCAGUUGGCUACGAACCGAGACGGUACCUAUUUUGCUAGGUACUUAAACAAAAGCUGUGUAGAUUCGUUUACUGAUUGUCUAGCUGAGUUGUUGGUAGAACCCGGUGAAGAACGGGUUGCUUGUGUAAUCACAGAUGCGUGUUUCUACUUCACGCAGGCGGUGGCAGAUGACUUGAAGCUACCUCGGAUAGUGCUCCGGACUAGCGGUCUCGGUUGCACCCUUGCUUGUGACGCUUUACCCUUUUGCUCUAAAAAAGCUUGCUUUUACCUUACAAAACAAGAUUCAGAUUAUGAAGCAUCAGUGCCAGAAUUUCCACUUUUGAAAUUUAAAGACAUCGCAAAUAUCACAAUCAACCCACAAGGUAUGGGGGACUUAACCUCCAACAUUCUUAACCAGAUGAGGGCAUCAGCAGGGAUCAUAUGGAACACCUUCAAAGAACUCGAAGAAUCUGAUCUAGAAACUCUCUCCCAAGAUUUUCAAGUUCCGAGCUUCACUUUAGGUCCAUUCCACAAGUAUUUCCCAGCAUCUGGGAGUAGCUUGAUCGAACAAGACCGCACUAUUCUCUCAUGGCUAGACAAACAACCACCCAAGUCAGUAGUAUAUGUUAGUUUUGGAAGCGUUGCACAUAUAACCAAGUCAGAAUUUCAAGAAGUGGCGCAUGGGUUGGCUAAUAUCGGUUUGCCAUUUUUGUGGGUGGUUCGACCAGGGAUGGUUGUUGGUUCAGAAUGGUUGGAGUCGUUGCCUGAAAAUUUCCUAGAAAGAAUGGGCGAUAGGGGACGGAUAGUGAAAUGGUCUCCUCAACAAGAAGUACUAGCUCAUCCGGCAACAGGGUGUUUUUGGACUCAUAAUGGAUGGAAUUCAACAUUGGAGAGCAUAUGCGAAGGUGUUCCCAUGAUUUGUUCCCCAUGUUUGGGCGACCAACCAAUAAAUGCAAGAUAUGUGAGUGACGUUUGGAAGAUUGGCGUAUUGUUGGAAGAUGGGUUUGAAAGGGUGGGAAUCAAGAUGGCGAUUAAACGUGUAAUGAUGGAUAAAGAAGGAGAAGAAAUGCGUGAGAGAGUAAGUUGUCUUAAGGAGAAGGUGAACCUCUCCCUCGCUGAAGGUGGCUCUUCUUGUCGGUCAUUAAACAACUUAGUUGAUUAUAUUUUGUCGUUCUGACUUAAAAAAUAUAAGUUACAACACUCCAUGUAUGCAGGAAAAAAUCACAAAGAACUGGUUAUAUCAAGUAAUCCUUUUUUUUGUCAUUUAAUGAAGAGAGUUGUAAUGAGA